AUGUUGAAUCCGCACGCAUUGGCGAUUAAUCUCCUGCUGCUGCUCUGUGGCCAGAGAACAUGGGCCACAUCCCUCAAGGACCGGAUUGUGGGUGGAGUAGAGAUCCCCAUUCAGAUGACACCCUGGCUGGCCUCUCUCUCUGUCCAGGGCAACCAUAGCUGUGGCUCGGCAUUGAUCACGCCGCGGUGGCUCGUGACAGCGGCCCACUGUGUCCCCUAUCCGGAGAGGUACUCUGUACGUGCCGGAUCCUCGUCCGUUCGAGAGGGUGGCCAGCAACGAGCUGUGGUUAGGAUCCUCGUGCAUCCAGGCUUCAAUUCGCGCACACUGGUUCAUGACAUCGCCCUCCUUCAGACCCGUGAGCCCUUCAAACUGGGGGGCAAUGUGCAAUUGAUAAAACUCCCCCUGCCCGCCCUCAGUGCUCUGCCCAAGACCCUGCUGGUCGCCGGCUGGGGAACAGUCCACGCGAAAGCGAACGCCACGGAGACCAGGCUGCGGGGGACCCUAGUGCAGACCAUCGACCAGCGUCGAUGCCGACGCCUCUAUGGAGUAUGGAGACGCCCUAUCACAGAUAACAUGCUCUGCGCGGCAGCAGCUGGAAGGGAUCACUGCUAUGGCGACUCGGGCUCUCCCCUGGUACAUCAGGGCAGCAGCUACGGCAUUGUGUCCUUCGCCUACGGCUGCGCGGAUCCACGUUUCCCCGGGGUCUACACCAGAUUGGCCAACUAUGUGUCCUGGAUAUUCGGUGUGCUAAAAAGUGAAGCCAAUUAA